UUUUCUCUUCUUCAAUUUUUCACUCCUCUACUCUGGCUUCCGGACGCCGAGACAGACCGCUGCCGCCGAAUUUAAAGAGACAGUCGAUAGUUAUUUUAAAAACGACAAACGGCAACCAUUGUCCCCUUUAGCUUAUUUCCCGACACUUCUAGUCUGUGCUUGUUUAAUUCGCUGUCGAUGUGGAAUCAAAGUCAAAGCGAGUAGCAGCGCGGCUCUGUCAGCAGCCUUCACUCCGUCCUCCUCUGCGCUGACUGAGCCAACACUACUGUCCAGUCAGCCAGGCGAAGUAGGGCUGCUCGCUGGGCAGGCAAGCAGGCGGGCAGGCUGGCUGGCUGGCUUUUCCCGACCCAGAGGAGGAAGGUUUGUCGGCUAGCUAACUACAACUAACUGGAGGUAACAGCGAAGCUUCCCUCUCAAGUUGUGUUCGCGGCUCUCGAGCCUCCUGCCGCCGGGAUAAUGGCGAAGAUUCAGGCGCACAGCACCGCGAAGCAAAUCAACCAAAUUCAAGACAAGCCUUACGUUAUAACACAAAAGCAAGUGCAGCAGCAGCACUUCCAGAAGCUGAAGGUUGAAGAUGCAUUGUCAUAUUUGGACCAAGUUAAGAUUCGGUUUGCAAACGAUCCUGGCAUAUACAACAAGUUUCUUGACAUCAUGAAAGAAUUCAAGUCACAGAGCAUCGACACACCAGGGGUGAUAAACCGUGUGUCUCAACUCUUCUAUGGACACCCAGACUUAGUGUUGGGCUUCAAUGCCUUCCUCCCACCAGGGUAUCGGAUAGAGGUCCCCAAGAAUGGGAUGGCUUUUCUCCAAUCACCGUUCUCUACACAGGUAUCUCCAGGCCAGCAGGGGAAGAGUCUUACCACCGCUGCAGUGCCUGCAACCUCAAGUAGUGCCUCUGCCACACACGUUGAUGCUGGACCUGCCCGCACUAGUGAAGUCAAGGCUGCUUCAUCAGAGUCCCUACCUUCCCCAACCUCAGCAGGACCUCCAGAGCCUCCCAGCAGACUUUCUCUUCCACUGAUGAGCAGAGAGAGUCAGAAUCACGCCACCACCUCCUCGUCAGUAUCCCCGCCUGCUUCUGAGACGAGCCCAGUAGAGUUUGACAGUGCCAUCAGCUAUGUAAACAAAAUCAAAAAUCGCUUUCUGGAUCACCCAGAGAUCUACAGAGCCUUUCUAGAGAUUCUUCAUACAUAUCAGAAAGAGCAGUUGGAGGUUAAGGAGAGUCGAGGCAGCCGGGGCAGCAGUGGGAUGACAGAAGAUGAGGUUUUUUCUAAAGUUGCCAGCCUCUUCAAGGGACAGGAAGAUCUGCUCGCUGAGUUUGGACAAUUCCUGCCUGAUGCCAAGAGAUCACUGUUCACAGGGAGCUCGCUGACAGGGGGAAAGGAUCAGCUAAAGAGGCCAGAGGAAGAGGACAUAAUAUCUAAACAGAACAAAAAGAGGCCCAGACCCAUCUUACUGCAGCACAUUUCUCCACUGCUGAAGAAAAAAAUGAAGUAUUCCUGUACCAAAGAUCAGUCCUUUGCUUCAGUUGGCAAACAUGGAGUUUUAAGAGAAUUCUCCUUCUUUGAUAAGGUUCGUCGCCUGUUUAAAAGUCAGGAAGUGUAUGAGAACUUCCUGCGCUGCAUCGCCUUGUUUAACCAGGAAGUAGUUUCUGGAGCAGAACUGCUACAGCUUGUUACUCCUUUCCUGGGGAAAUUUCCCGAACUGUACACACAGUUCAAGUCAUUUCUGGGGGACAAAGAGCUCUCUCAUGUUGUGUCAGGGCUGUCGGAUCGCUACAUGGAGGGGGGAGGAGGCAGGGAGGUGGAUUAUGCCUCCUGCAAGCGCCUGGGAUCCAGCUACAGAGCACUCCCCAAGACCUACCAGCAACCUAAAUGCAGUGGACGCACCACCCUAUGCAAGGAGGUGUUGAAUGACACCUGGGUGUCAUUCCCCUCCUGGUCAGAGGACUCCACCUUCGUCAGCUCGAAGAAGACUCCAUAUGAGGAGCAGCUGCAUCGCUGUGAGGAUGAAAGAUUUGAGUUGGAUGUGGUUCUGGAGACAAACCUGGCCACUAUCAGAGUGCUAGAGAGUGUCCAGAAGAAGCUGUCGCGUCUUUCACCAGAGGACCAAGAGCGAUUCCGAUUAGAUGACUGCCUGGGGGGCACAUCUGAGGUCAUCCAGCGCCGUGCUGUGUAUCGAAUUUAUGGCGACAAAGCCCCCGAGAUCAUCGAGGGCCUGAAGCGGAGUCCUGCCACAGCUGUGCCAGUGGUACUCAAGAGGUUGAAAGCCAAGGAAGAGGAAUGGAGAGAUGCACAGCAAGGUUUCAAUAAGAUAUGGAGGGAGCAGUACGAGAAGGCCUACCUGAAGUCCCUUGAUCACCAAGGAGUCAACUUCAAACAGAAUGACAUGAAAGCUCUGCGGUCUAAGAGUCUUCUUAAUGAGAUCGAGAGUGUCUAUGAUGAGCGUCAGGAGCAGAGCACAGAGGAAAGUGGAGUCGGCCAGCAGGGACGUAAUGGUUCUGGUUCAGCCCCUGCCAGUGAGCCUCACAUGGUUUUUACAUACGAGGACAAACAGAUCCUGGAGGACGCUGCCUCGCUUAUCAUCUAUCAUGUUAAACGUCAGCCUACCAUCCACAAAGAUGACAAGGACCACAUCAAGCGCAUCAUCCAGCACUUUGUCCCCGACCUGUUCUUUUCCCGCCGUGGCGAGCUCAGUGAUACUGAAGAAUGGACAGAUGAGGAGGCUGAGCCUGAGGAGGCAGGAGAGAGAGCAGACAGAGCAGACAGGGCAGACAGAGACAGAGCCGACAGAGACAGAGACAGGGACAGAGCAGACAGGGACAGGGCAGACAGAGACAGGGCAGAGAGAGGUAGAGCAUUGACUGCUGCAGCAGGAGGAAAUGGAAGUUCUAGUAACAUCCAAGCAGCAGCAGCAGCAGCAGCAGCAGUAGCAGCAGUAGCAGUGGCAGCCACAGGUAGUCAGGCACAAACCCAGCCUGAUCAGACUCAGACCCUGACCCAUCCCCAGCAGCAGCUCAAUGGCGAGUCCAGGCGAAGGCGCUGCAGCCCAUCCCAACCUGCAGAAACAGAAACCUCCACCAGCUCUUGUAGCAUGAGUCAGCCUGCAGGGACUGCCGCAUCCACCCCAGGAUCUGCUCCUAUUGAGAUGGGUUCAGGUGCAGUAGGUGAGAAAGUGGACUUGCGUGACCCAGAAGCAGAGCACCAGAAGGAGCUGGACGGUAUCUACAACCUUUUUUUCGUCAACAACAACUGGUAUUUCUUCCUGCGGCUGCACCAGACUCUGUGUUCACGGCUGCUGCGGGUUUACCGACAAGCUGAGCGCCAGCUACUGGAUCACCGAGCUGAACAGAGCAGAGAGAGGCUGCUGAUGGCAGAGGGACGGAGGGAAAAAGCAUGUGACCUCGCUAUGGAGCUUCGCCUCAAACAGCCCAGUGAGGUGGAGUUGGAAGAGUAUUACCCAGCCUUCCUGGACAUGGUGCGCAGUCUGCUAGAUGGUAAUUUGGACUCCACACAGUAUGAAGACACACUGAGAGAGAUGUUCACCAUCCAUGCCUACAUCGGCUUCACCAUUGACAAGGUCAUCCACAACAUAAUUCGGCAGCUGCAGCACCUGGUGAGCGACGAGGUUUGUCUGCAGGUGGUUGAUCUUUACCUUGCUGAGAGGAAGCGGGGGGCAGCAGGAGGGAACCUUUCCUCACAGUGCGUCAGAGCUGCUUGGGAGACGAGCUACCAGUGGAAAUCUGAGCGAGUCAUGGCCGAGGAGAAUUGCUUCAAGGUAAUGUUUGCCCAAAACAAAGGUCAUGUGACAAUGGCUGUUGAGCUGCUGGACACCGAGGAGGCCCAGGCUGAUGACCCGUUAGAUGUACAGUGCCUGUCGAGUUACAUGGAGCAGUUUGUAGGAACAGAGUCCAGUCUGUGUUCACAAGCAGAAGGCUACUUCUUCAAACCGGUGUUUCUGCCCAGGAACCUGCGGCGUUUCCGUCGCUGGCAGGUGCGCCAGGUGGAGGCGAUGCGCUGCAGGAGAGAGUGGCACCGCAAACUGGGUGUGGAAAACGCUGGGAGUUUGGACUGUCGCUUCAAACUCAACACUCACAAGAUGGUGUUUGUCAUGAACUCUGAGGAUUACAUGUACCGCAGAGGAGCACUGGUCAAGGCCAGGAAGUCCCAGCACAGAGUGGCAGCAAGCCAGCACGACCGCUUUGACAAGUGGCACCAGGGCUGGCUGGCCAAUCACGUUACAGCCUCGGCUGAACGCUCAGUGCAGAACUGGCUGAUGGGAGAGGAGGAGGAGGACAUGAUCCCCUGCAAGACGGCCUGCCUGUCCAUUGAGGUAAAGGGGCAAAUGGUCAACAGAUACCAGGUUCAUUACAGUGGUAGCAAAGCCCCGGCUUCACCAUAGAUGUGUGCCCCCUUGGAGACGGACAUGCAUUACAAACACACACACACACACACGCAGGCAAAUGCAUGGACUUAAAGGACAUUCAUACACUAAACACAGACGUAUACAGCUGCAGUUACACUUCUCCACCUCCCUCUACAACAUUUCAUUCACUUGUUUUCAAUCAUGAAUGAAGAAACUAGCAGAAAAACACAGAGAGACUGUGAAUGGGUGCACAGUGAGAGGGACGAUGAUGUGGAGCAAAGGACCAACACAGACAGUGCAGUAAUCAGUGAGUGUGACCCUGAUUAACAGGGAUGAGCUGGACACGACAGCACAAACGGAUCAUCAUCCUUAUCAUUCUGGCUUCUCUGGUGGCGCACAACGACAAGAACGGUUGUUCUGACUGAUGGAGAGAGAUGGAUGAUCAGGUGAGAGGUUAUGAAAUAAUGAAAUAUGUUUCAGAAAUGUGAAUGUCUGUUUUUCUUUUUCUUUUUUAAGUCAAGUGUAGUUUUUAGCUUCUAAAGCCAGAGAGCCUUUUGCCUGUUUGUUGAUUUAUGUGUGUUUAUAUGGAGAGAUAAUGGUAAACGUGUGUAUGUAUGUGUAUCAUGCUCUUCAUUUUGUCUGUUUGUAUGCCCAGUACAGGCUCUACAACUCUAGUAAUUGCAUCAUUACUGUAUGUGUGUGUGUGUAUAUAUAUAUAUAUACAUAUAUAUAUAUAUAUGUAUACACGCACACACAACAGGGAUCCUGUAUUUUUAUAUAUGCAUCUACUUGAGUUGAUGGAUACAUCUGAAGAUCAUGUGGUUCUUUACCGUGUUUGCCGUCAGCCAACUCUUGAUGUUUGCAGUUUUUCUUUUUUUGUAUCUUUUUCAUUUUUUUGUGUUGUGGCGAAACAAGUUAUCACCGGGGUAAUAAGGAGUCCUUAAAAUUUAAUUGAUUUAAUAUUGAUGAAGCAGUCAAUUUAUGUAUCAUAUUCAUGAUUUCACCAAAUGUUUACUUUGCAUUGUCUUUUUUGCAUACUGACAUUGAAAAUAAAGACAGAAUAUCAGUGUUAAAAUAGAAUGUAUAACAUUUAUCCUGUAUCAGUUAUCAUAAAAUAAACAACCUAGUUGUGACCUUCUUA